AUGCUGCUGUCAAGAACUUAUAAAAUGAAUAAUGAAGAAUCAAGAAGAAAAGAAGAAAAGAAAAGGUGCAAGACGAACGUAAAAAAGGCAAAUCUCUCAAAAUCAGUUAAAUUUUCCUUUGGGUGUACUAAAUUAAGGGUAGAAGCAAAAUGAUGUAUCAAAGAAAACCUUUCUUUAUUGAAGCUAUAUAGAGCCAAAAAGCUAUUGAGAGGAGUUUUUUAUUAA